UUUUUUCUUUCUCCAACACCCUCAGAUCCCGGAAUUUCAAUUAAUAAAUCAACAGAAUUAAGUACUUUGUUAUAUGUUUUCUUUAAUAAUUGUUAAGUUGAAAAAAAAAAAAAGGAGCUUACAAGAUCCACCUCGAACCCCUCUCCCAAAUUCUUCACCUUUUCUUCUUCUUCUUCUUCUUCUUCUUCUUCUUCUUUUUCUUCUUCUUUCUUUUUUCUCUGCUCUCAAAAUUUUUCGGUUCUCUUUUUGUGUCAGUUUCUUCUUGUUGUUUUACAAGAUUGAAGCAAACCCAGUUGAAAUAUUGGUGAUAAUUUGAAGUGGGUUUGUUUUGUUUUAGAUUUGAGAAACGAUGAAAGAAGAUGAUUCGAAUUGGUUCUCCAAAUGGGAACAAGAACUUCCUUCUCCUGAUGAAUUAAUGCCUCUUUCUCAAACCCUAAUCACCCCUGAUCUUGCUUUAGCAUUUGACAUCACUAACUCAAAUCCUCUUAACGAUUCUCAUCCUCCGCCGCCUCCACCGCCCCCUCCGGUUAUCAUUCAGCCGAGUUCUACAGAUUUUGCUGAUUCGGGGGAUUUGGGUUCUGGUGCUGGCGACGAACCUGCAAGAACUCUUAAACGUCCACGCCUUGUGUGGACUCCACAGCUUCAUAAGCGAUUUGUCGACGCUGUUGCUCAUUUGGGGAUCAAAAAUGCCGUCCCUAAAACCAUAAUGCAGUUGAUGAGCGUCGAUGGGUUGACUCGUGAGAACGUAGCUAGUCAUUUGCAGAAAUACCGGCUUUAUUUGAAGCGUAUGCAGGGGAUUUCCGGCGGUAGUGGUGGUGGAGCUAACGGCGGUGCUGGAUUGGUUUCACCCGCUUCAGAUCCCGCCACCGACCAUUUGUUUGCGAGUUCCCCUGUUCCACCUCAUUUUCUUCACUCUGCUCGGGGUAAUUCCGACCAUUUCUUGCCGUUUGUUCCCGUCGGAGCUCUGCAGCAUCACCACCACCAGAUGGCGGCAGCUGCCGCUGCCGCUCAGUACCAUCGACAAGUAGCUCAUUUUGGGUCGUCGCCGCCGACGAAUGGGCAAUUUGAGAAUACGUUUUUGGCUCGCCCUGUUCAUCGGGUUGGAGCGCCAGUGAGUACUCCGGUGACGAAUUAUAGCGAGGAUUUGGAUUCGGGGAAUGGAACAGGAGGGAGGAAGGUUCUUACUCUUUUCCCCACUGGAAAUGAUUAAAAUUUCUUUCAAUUGACUUGCUCUCCGGUGGUAAUGGCGAUUUUGCCGAUCUCGAAAUCCCGGUACUCCAAUUCUAUUAUCGUUAUUUCUUUCGUCUUCUCCGGCCAAACUCGUUGGCCACCGUCGGAUAAUUUGCCGGCGGAAGCCGGAUAGAGGUAAAAUUGAUUCCAUUAUUGAAGGAGUAAAAAUUGUACAUUAAUAUUAACUUUUGUUUUACAAGACUUCGUGAAAUGCAUCCAUUGAAUUCCUCAAAAUAGAGUUGGAGGAUUUUUAGAUUUGUUCA